AUGGCACAGCUCCUGGUUUUUGUGUCACUACUGUUCGGCGCCGGUUUGCUUGAAGCGGCUCCAGCUGGACGAGGAGGCUACCUGGCGGGGACAGGUGAGUGGAAACUCCUCGAAUUAGCCUGCUGCCGAAGAGAACUCAGUGAAUAUGUCGACGUUUAUCCCUCUCAUGUACCACCGCUCACUGAAAAACGAACUCUUAAGUGUAGAUCAGGAAGUUUGGUUUACCAAGCCCUUUGAGCUGAAUAAACAUGAAAGCGGCUUCCUGAUAUGAGAGGCAGCUGUUUCUUAAGAUUCUUACAAAAAAAAAGGCUUUUUUUGGUGCUAUAAUGUUGGCCGAAUUUGAUAUUAGACCCUCUGGAUUUAAAUUAAGUGUAACAUUGAGUUGUGGAAGUUAUACUUAGUAUGUGACAGUUUAGAAAAACAAUAAAUCCAUAGUUUUUCAAAUGGAGUUCGGCAGAAGACGUUUUUAAAAGGACCCAUAUUAGGUUUUUUGUACAUUUAAUGAUGCUUAUCAUGUUGUUUUUCACAGCCUGAUUAAGUUCUUCAUUUAAUCCAGGAUAUUUAAAGAGUUUGUUUUACAAUUUGACAGUAAAUAAAAUGUCUUAGAUAAUAAAAAUAAACAAUUUUAGUCAUAUUAAAGCUCAUUUGCUCAUUAUGAAUGUUGUCCAACUCAUUUUAACCUCUACUUGUUAAAAACAUCACUCAUCUCUGACUAUUCUUCUCCAGAUGCAUGAGUGCUGUGACAAAAUAAGAAAUGCACGUCAUGUGUUGACUCACUAAAAUAUCUAUGACCAUGCAAAAAACCACAUCCACUCCAGAGACAUGUAACCACAAACCAGUCAUUUUAAACCAGCUUUAACUAUCUUCAUUCUAUAUUAACAGGUCGGUUCUGGCACAUCACUGACCUCCACCUGGACCCCACCUACCAUUUGGCCCCAGACCCCACCAAGGUCUGCUUCUCCUCCAAAGGAGUCCCGGCCACCAACGCCGGCGUGUAUGGGGACUUUCUGUGUGACUCACCCUACCGCCUAAUCCAGUCAGCCUUCUCUCACAUGGCUACACUCACACAGCCAGAGGACUUCAUCAUAUGGACCGGGUCAGUACGCUGAAGUCUCUUAUUCUUUUUAAGGCUUCAGACGAGGUCCUUGUUUGAACUCGGGCUGAAGUUACUGAAUCAUUUGCAUGUGGUUGCACCGACAUGGUCAGAAGUGCGACUAACAUCCUCAUAAAAACAGUCAUUGAGGCUUUGCACGAGUUUCAUUUCCUCUUCUUUUAUCGAUGGUGUAACUUGUGAUCUUCUGUUUGUGUAAGAGUGUAUGUGUGCGGUUACAAAGUGAAACCACUCUGAGGUUUUCGAUUGUGAGAAUGAGGAAGUUUCUAGUAAGUAGUGUCGCUCUGAAUCUUCCCCGCUGCCUCAGGGAAGUUCUUUGUUGUUUAGCUGUUGUUAAAUCAUAGAUGUAUGACACAGAUGGACAUUUUAUUGGGUUUAAACAUAAGUAUGGAGUAUUUUUUUCAGCUUUUUUAAACCUUGACAAUCAUAUUGUGCUAUUUUAUGUUUAUUCCCUUUUGAAACAUUUAUCUUUGUAAUGGCUUGGACAGCCACAACUUUAAAAUGAGAUAGGAAGCAUCUAGAUUCAUAAAAACAAAAGGUUUGUGAAUCCUAUUGUAAAUCAUGUUUUUAACUGAAAAUGCAAAAACAGCUAAUUAAAUGUUGAAAUUGAAAGAUUUUACAGUUCUGUGCACAACAAUUGCUCAUCAUGUCAUAUUACCUCGUAUUUUAACAACCUGCAAAUGUGUGGAAACUGAGUUUCUGGAGUUUAAAAAGUGAAAUGAGUUAAGAAGUAUUUCUCAUUUGAUCAAUCGUUGGGUGAAGUUGAAGGUUAAAAGUUGAAAGAAACUUUAUUGUCCCCAUGAGGGGCUUUUUGCAGCAAGCAGUAAUAAAAGACAAGUACGAUAUAAAAACACAGUUCUUUAUUGUACUUUGAGAGUACUUAACUAUGGUCUGAAAGUUUCUUAGCAGGUGUUUCUGGCCAGUUUAGCUGCCUGAAGGCCUAUAGAUCAGAGCCAUAAAGUCUUGGUUUUGGUCCUUGUCCCUUUUGUGCAGACAUUUCUCUAGAUUGUCUAAAUUUUUGAUGUACUAUAGAUGAGGAAACACCUACAUUUUUUGUACAUUAUAUGAUUUGCUCACACAGUUUCUUACAAAGUGGUUAACCUAUUUUCAGCUUAACUUGUCAGACAGAGCUGAACAGUUAACCAAAACAGAAGAGAAAUAUCUAUUUUUACAAUCAUGUUUUCAAGCAAAAGCUGCUGCUGAGAUUUAAAAAAAGAUUUAUUUUACUUGAGUUCAGUUGUAGAAAACAAGCUCACACCUCUGUACAGAUGUGCAGUAAAGUGUUGCGUCUUCCUUGUUUGCAUUCUCCAUACUAUCUGAUGUUUUCAUGUCUUUGUUUUGCUCCUCUCCUCUUGUCUUGAAUCAGAUUAUUUCCUGAUCUUGUUUGCACAGUUUUGACCUUUGGGAAGCUUUUGUAACACAUGUUUAUGGACCAGCAGUGCAGGAAUGGCAACUUUAGCUCUCUGAUGCGUAUAGCAGCAUGAGGACUUUGUUGAAUUUCCAAACUUUGGUAUAUUUAUGAGUCUUUUGGGAACCACAGUCUGCAUGCGUCUUCAACAUAAGCUGUACUGACAUUGAUAUAUUUUCUUUAGCAGUGUAUCCUGCGUCAUUGUCAGCUGUGGAAAACCAGAGUCACAUCAUCUCAGUUGUUGUCAAAUAUCACCGUCUCAGUCUGCACUUUUAAAUCAGGGGCAAAGAAGUCCAGUUCAAAGAUGUGAGUCAGCAACGAUAUCUGCAGGGUUUUGGUCUUUAUGGGAUUUCCUGUAAAAAGUACAGGACUGUAUGUGUUAUUUUUAUGUCAGCAAAAUCAGCAUCACUUCUUCUUUUAUUAUCUUUAUCAUGUUUAUUAUCUUUUGUAAACUAAAGUAGGAAAAUAUGUCGUUUCAGAGCUGAAUGGUGUUAAAGCAGCAUUUAUUUUAUGCUCUCAGCUGUUAGUAAUGCAUUUGAAGAUGAGUAGUAGAGCGAUAGAAUAUUUGUGAGUAAAUCAUCAGGCCUUAAACGAUGAAGAAGAGCCUUUAAGAUCCGGCAAACCUCAACUCCUUCAGCUGAAUUAGGAGUUUGUGGCUCUUUAUUAAUAAGCAGUAGGUUUAUGAAUCAUCCAACCUCAUAAGAUUACCGAACAUGCCAAAUGAAAUAACCCGCCGUUUAAUCCCUCUCUGCAGGGAGUCUCUUCUUUUCAAAGUUACUGUGGGGUCAGUUCUGAGCUUUGAUUUUUCUCUUUAAGGGAAAAUCCUGAGGAGUUUACUGAACGGCUGCAGCGUAAGAGUCUCACAAAGUCGGCAACUUUGAUGAUGUGACUAAUGAGAAACGCUGUGGGGUUGUGAAAAUGAGAAUUUUCCUGAUUUUUACUGGCAGUGCUGACAGUAACUUGUGACCUAAUGGAUGUCUUUGUAUGUAAAAGGAGUCACAGGGUAGAUCGUGUUUGCUGCAAGAGCAAACCUGGCAGAAGUCUCAAACUUUGUCUCUCUUAAAGCAUCAUGUUCAUUUUUUUGAAGUUUAUAAAAGUUUUUUCACAUUUGAUAGUCUGAACUUUGGCUGUCAGGUUACUCUGUCUUAUUCGGCCUUUCAGAUCUUCCCUUCUCAGUGUCAUUCUGGCCGUGUUUCUGUGCCUAAUCAUGCAUAAAUCUUAGCCUUUAUUUUAUCAAACAAAUCAGUUAAAAAAGACUCGCCCUCAUAGAGCUGUCACAAAUACAGAAAUGAGAUGUUCAGACCAAACUUGAUCACAGUAUCAGGCUGAAAACAUCUUUGAAAAUAGACAUUUUAUCUUGGUGUGCAACUGGGAUUCUUUGGCUUCUAGAGCCUCAAGUGGACACUUGAAGUACUGCACUUUUUGUACUCCAGCACUAGCCAAGGGUACUAUCAAGCACAUGGUUAAAAUAUUUCAAAACCUGAGAAGCUAUUGAUACAGAAUUUCACAUAAAAACAUCUGAAAAAUAUAUUCUUUAAAAAAUCAGUUUAACAUCUGACACUAAAAACAAAGUGGCUUUAGAAGAAACAGCAACAGCUGAAUGCUAAAGUGCUGAAUUUUCACGGUUUCACCAGAGUUUAGCUGCUUGAUAGAUGUUCAUAGAAACAUUGUCUUUGCAAGUAGAGUCUUCUCUCUGAUGGUGAAGAUUUCGUAACCAGGUGGAGAGAAGACCUUGAAUUUAUCCAGACCAGCUUAAUAAUGUUGGAUUUUAUUUUGUCUUUUCAACAGAGACAGCCCGCCUCAUGUCCCCGCAGCAGAGCUGUCCACAGAACUUGUGAUCCAGGUGAUCAGUAACAUGACCCAGACCAUCAGACAGCACUUCCCCAACCUGACCGUCUAUCCAGCUCUGGGAAACCACGACUACUGGCCGCAGGUAACUUCGAGUCUUUAUUUACAGGCUUUUAUUAAAGUACGAAUCUGAAAACAGUUGUUUGGGUAUUUGUGCCUUUACGAUUAAAUACACUUAAAGUCUGAGCAAAUUUAUAUUCAGUAUGAUAGUCUUUUAUAGUACUUAUUGAAAAAGGAGAAUUACAAAGAGAUUUAGCUUAACAAAAACUCAACAAUAACAUAUACAAUGUUGGGAGGAGGAAUAAGGAACAAUGGGGGUUAUUGACAAAGACGGUUCAUCGGAAAUGUAUACAAUCAAGGAAACAUCAAUGAUUCCAUUUUUUUAACAACUGGUAAGACUUUCAAGUUAAAUUUAAUUAUGUAACACGUAUUUUUCCAGGGCUGGUAAAGCAUAAUUUUGAAAUCACGAUUAAUCACAUGAUCAUCAAAAAUGUGUGAUCUAUUGUCCCCUCCCGAACACAGCAACAGUCGGUAGUUAGAGAAUAAUAAUAUAAAGGCAACACGGAGAGGAGCCUCCCUCUAGCGAUGCUAGUUGGUACUGCAGCUUUAUCACAUUUUAUAGACUUGGACUGUCCCAGUGGACCGAGGGUCAUCUCACAGACAAAGGCUGUAUUAUAAAGAUUACAGGACAUACGUGAAUUAAUGGACAAUCCAGAUUUUGACAAAUAUACAUGAUGAAAGUGAUCUGAGUGUCAAUAAUGGCAGCAAAUGACCCCCUUGUAGCCGUUACAUGAUUUCUAUUUCAUAUCAGUUCAAUGCUCAUACUUUCAAAAUGAUAACCUAGAGUCGUGAUAUUUUGGAUGAAAGUGCCUAAAAUUGCACUAGUGUUGUUUUUUGUAGUAUUUACACUCAGAUUUCAUGUUUUCACUGUAUUCCUCAGGACCAGAUGCCUGCCUCCACCAAUGAGAUCUACAAAGCUGCUGCAGAGCUGUGGAAACCCUGGCUGCAGGCUGACGCUCGGCUCACACUCUCACAAGGUCACAUGUUUGUAGAUGUAGCUGUUUGAGCCGCUCAGGCCUGCAGAAAGUGAACAUUAAAUCCAUAAUUGAUUCAUUGGGAUUAGAUUCUUAAAACUCUGAAACUAUAAUUUUUCAAGGUUUUUCCUGAUGCUUUGUUCUCAGCACUGAAUAAGCAUCUAUUUUUAUUUUCUUUCUCUUUGUAGGAGGUUUUUACUCGCAGCUGGUGAAGCCUGGUCUGCGGGUUGUGAGUCUCAACACCAUCCUCUACUACGGUCCUGACAAAGCCACAAAGAACAUGACUGAUCCUGCAGGACAGUAUGAGUGGCUGCAGAAGACUCUGGAGAAAGCCGAUCAGAAUCAGGAGAAGGUUUUAUAUUUUAAAUCCAGAUGCUUCAAAUUUCUUUGAUCACACAUAAACAUUUUCAUAAAGAACUGAACACCUUGACUGUUUGGAUUUAAACGAGCUUAACUUCUCCCCUCAGGUGUACGUGAUAGCACAUGUACCUUUAGGGUUCCUGCCCUUCGCCAGAAACACGACGGCUGUAAGAAAGAACCAUAAUGAGCGGCUGGUCGCCAUCUUCAGGAAUUACAGUCAUGUUGUCGCAGGGCAUUUCUACGGACACACACACCGAGACAGCAUCAUGGUGCUGCUGGACCAACAAGGUGAGAGGCAAAACAUUCAUUAAAUUUGGAAUUAUGGCCAUAAAUGGAAGAUUUGUAAGAUGUGGAAAAUUUAGUUGUUUUAUUAGUAGCAGAUCUGUAUCAUUGUGUUCCUCAAGGUUCUGUCCUGGGGCCCCUGUUGUUUUCUUUGUAUCCCCUCCCAAUGGGGCUUUUUGUAGGAACAUAUAGGAUAUAUGUGACGACAACAACAACAAGAAAAAAAGCAAACGAGUACCUUAGUGGAAAGAUAAGAAGUAAAAUGUUAAAUAAAAUCUUUGUAUCAUAAAGACAAUUUGUAUGUCACAUAUGCAGAGUACCUGUAUUGCGGUGUUCCUCAAGGUUUUGUCCUGGGGUCUCUGUUGUUUCCUCUGCUCCCACUGGGGCUUUUUUAAGGACAUUUCAGGAUAAUGUGCCUGUUUCUUUUUAUGUAAUCCUCUACUGCUCUUGAAACAUGCUAUAUUAAGUAAUCUAACUAACUUUCAGCCUUUAGCACCAAAUUUUAGAUUUUUAAUAAUAUUUUUAAUUAUUAGAAUUAAUGGCUUAAGACUGGGCGACAGUGGGCUACAGUUGCAGCUGUGGAGAAAUUUCCUGAAACAUCUGAGAUUAAAAAAUAGUGAUAUAGCCCUGUAAAAAGGGAUCUGAUGCCUGUAAUCAAUACCCUGAUAAAAUUUGUGUUUUUUUCCUGAAGGUAAACCGCUGAAUUCUCUGUUUGUGGCUCCAGCUGUCACACCGAUCAAAAGUGUUAUAGAGCCGUAUUCCAACAACCCAGCUUUCCGCAUGUACCUGUAUGACCCCAAGGACUUCUCUAUGUUGGUAAGACACACUUAAAAACUGCUCACUUAAACACUGAAAUAGUCCACUUCUGAUUUAUUGACCAAGAUAGCCAAGGAAAUCCUUUAUCGGCCCAAAUUAGGUCCAAAAUGUAGAAACAGACCUUCAUGUUUUUAAAGAUUUUUUUCACUUUCUAACCUUGCAGAGCAGAUAUAUUUGGAUGUAAGCUCACACCACAAAUUUUACUUACAUAACAGAUUCUAAAACUACAAAAUAAAACAGUUAAAACAAAAAAACGAGAGCUUGCCUGAGCUGGAAUUCAAACAUAAACAUUCAUACUACACAAUAACACACCGCUUAACUUUUUUCUCUUUCGAGAAACUCUGAAGAAAAAAGUCUCUUGCUGAUUUAUCACGGUGUCAAUCAACACACAAAAACAGCUCCUUGCAUUCAAAAAGACUUUUCUUCCUCCCCUCUUUCUCCUCCCUCUCUCCCACCUCUCUCUGGUGCUUUCUCCCCUCUAAAGGAUAUCUGGCAGUACUAUCUGAAUCUGACAGAAGCCAACGACAAACAAAGAUCUGACUGGAAGCUUGAAUAUAUCAUGACUCAGGCUUUUGGACUGACUGACCUGCAGCCGCUGGGCCUCCUCCAGCUGGGCCUGAGUUUCAGGCUACCGCAGACCGAAACCUUCCCGAAGUACUUCACUCACUACAUGGUGGGGUAUAACAGCAGCAUCACCUGUGAGGGAGCAUGUAAGCUCAGCCAGGUGUGCGCUGUGCUCUACCUGGACCAGCUGUCCUACUCCAAAUGUGUGGCACAGGGGGGAUGGUAA